AUGUAUUCACGUUGUAUUAUUGCUCAAGCAGAAAUAAUCUAUGGUGAAAAAAACGAUUCGCUAGUUAAUGAUGAUGACCAAUCAUCAAAAUCGAGUCAAACACACGAGAAAGAAACUCCUCUCAGCUCAGAUGAUAGCAGUAACAUGUUGUAUGUCGAUGAAACAUGCGAUCAACCUUCGUGUCAAAAUGAACAUGAUGCCGAACCAGGUCACACGCAAUCAACAAUAACUAAAUAUGUCAGCAGAUGGGACAAAUCGAAAUGGACAUCAUCACCAAUAACUUCGUCAUCGCCUGAUGAAGAAUUUCACAUGGACGUCAUUAUUUUCGGGCGAGCUUUAUAUCUGAUAAUCUUCAAAGUUUUAUGGUUAGUUGAUGAAGGCAUCAAAGUCGAAUUUCAUGCCGAUGGUUCAGCACCCGAAUACUUUCGUGAUAUGACUGUGAAUCUCGAUUGCGUUUCUCCGAUUGCAACAAAGACAACGAAAGAGCAGCAUAAAAGGAAAAUAAAAGCAGAGAAAUUCCGUAAAGAAUUUGAUCUAACGAAAACUGAAGUAAAACAAUUUAAAAAACACAAUUCCGUAACAAAAACUUCUAGAGCUCUCGCUAAACAUCUCUAUCUGAAUGCUGAUAUCAGAAGCCAAACGACUGUUUUGCGAAUGCCCGAUAGAGAAAAGAAUGCUAUUAUUAAUUUUGCAAAGAUCUUGCAUCCAAGUCAAUGCUCUGUUUCCGAAGAUGUUCUUCGAAAUGCUAUUGGAAACGUGUUUUCUGUGGAAAAACAACAUUUUUUUCAAGGAAUUGUUUGUUCUUGA